GAAGUCCGUUAGUGUGAGGAAGGGGGAUAUUUGAUCUGCUGUAGAGAAGAUACUGGGAUGUCAGUUAUUGAGUACGCGUGGUCUCGGUAAUAGCUUUAUAACGUCGCUAGAUCUGGAACCGCAACAUGGUAGCGACCUGGUAGAGACAGCUCAUACCACGGAGACAGCUCAUGCCACAGCGAAACAAGAUUUACGAUCAAGGCUGAAAGACAACACCCGAAAAUGUCUCUAGCAGACUGUUUGAGGACUGCGGAGAACGCCUUCGGUGCGAAUGACUUUGAGAAGGCAUUGUCUUAUUACGAUAAGAUAGAUAAAGGCAACGAUGUCGAGUGUACGACAGAAGUUUACCUAAAGAAAGCCCAGUGCUUGCUUGGCCUGGAAAGAUACGAGGAGGCAACGAUCGAAGCAGAGAAAUGCACAACCAGAGACCCUUUGUGCGUGACUGGCUACCUUGUACAAGGACAAUCCCUGACCAUGAGAGGAAAGUUUGAGGACGCAUACAGAGCCUACAAGUCAGGCUUGGACGUCAACGCUGACGACAAAGCCAUCGCGGCCGGAUUGCGACAUCUACAACACGCCAUUGUCACUCAGUACGAAGCUGCGGACAAAGAGGCAGAGUCCAACUAUGAUGCCUUGAAAAUGUGUUCCCAGGAGCGAUAUCCCGGAGACGACGAUGUGGAGAGACUUGAGAAGGAGAUAAUGGAGACAUGGAAGUUGUUCGAUGCGCCGAAUAUAACCCCAUUGGUGCCGAAUCCAGAGCUGUCUCGUGCGCGUCUCAUUCAAGGACUGAAGGCUAAAGCCAAAGGUGCUUUGGGCGAAGCAUUAGAAGAGUUCACGGCGGCUCUAGAGCAUGACGCUACCAACUUUGAAAACUGGAAGGGCAGGAUUGAGGUUCUGUACGAACAGAAGGAUUACAGAGAGGCCUUCAGAACCGUCAACUCCUUCUCCGAAUCUGUGCGGUCGGCGGAAGUGUGGCUUCUUGGAGGCAAGAUCCUGGCUGGACUUGAGUUACCGUUGAUGGCGGAGACAUGGUUGAGGCGCUCUACACAGCUCAACAAGGACAAGGACAACAAGGAGGCCGCCAUCUUGUUCCAGACGAUCCGCGUUGCCAGAUUGUAUGGCCCCCUAGCGGCCAAAACCAACGCCGAUGUGAUCUUCAACCAAUAUGGCCGUGCUGUGAAGGCGAAGAAAGAUAUGAGAAAUCACGAUAUCAUUUUGACUGACAAACCAGUAAUUCUAGCCCAGACUCUAGCAACCCAAGACGUCCCUGCGUGUUGCCAAUGCGCAGUGUCCAUGUUGAAACCGGAAGGGGUAUUCACACCCGCAGAUCUUAAAAAUGAGGAACUGAAAAAAGCCAUCGCCCAUUAUUGGCCGAAACGAAAAAUUCACCCAUGUCAGGGUUGUUCCCGAGAAAUAUAUUGCAGUAUAAAGUGUAGGGACGAGGCGUGGACUACCUAUCACAGGGUAGUGUGCCCUUCAGUAAACAAGACCAUUAACAGGCUCUAUGAAGUCUGUGACGAUUACAAAUCGCUGAAGGGUGGCGACGGUCAGUGCUGGAAGGGGUGGUGGAACGCGUCAUUCUCUCCCUUUGUUCUUGUCAGGAUGUGGGGAACUAUAGCAUGUGAAGCAAAGCGAUUGGCUGAGAAGGCAGGAAGAUCCAUCCCAAUAAAGUCUGAUUGGAGCAUGGCCCAAGCUCCACUGCGGCGAUUCAUUGCCUAUGGCUCUUCAAGUAACGCUGAUGUCAUCCCCAAAAUGUUUCAACUCAUGAUAGAGAUCUUCAAAGAUCUUGGCGACGGACUGAAAUACGAAAUCACAAAGCGAGAGUUUGACGGGAGAUAUUUCCAAGCCACGUGCAACGUCCAAGCGUUUUCCGACUCCCGAAAUCCACUACGAAUUUUCAUCGAGCGAUUCAGAGACAAUCCCAGAUGGAAAGGCAUCGCCAAAUUCAUACCAGCUGAUCCCCCGGAAGGGGAGUUCGCCGGUAUGUUUCCCCUUCACGCAUGUAUGAACCACUCGUGCGCAAACAGCGCGGAAGUGAUGGACUAUGUUGUUGAUGGUAAACCUGGCGUAGGGGUACGCGUCCGCGGAGGGAUAAAGAAGGGCGAAGAGGUGUGCAUCACCUAUAUAAACACCACCAUGCCCCGUAGACAACGCAGAGCCUGGCUGUACCGGUCCUACAACUUCUGGUGCAGGUGUAUCAGAUGUAACUUUGAGGGGGACGGGCCCAUGGCGUGUACCCAGUGCGGUAAGUCGGCCGACGAGGGCAAGAAGUUCCCCCAGUGCUCCAAGUGCAAGAGGGCGUGGUACUGCUCAACGGCGUGUCAGAAGCAGGCUUGGAAGAAAGGACACAAGAAAAUAUGUAAGUGACGACCCACCGCUCCCCGUGUGUUUCUCUAGUGUUAUUUGACGUAAUACCUACAUCACCGUCGUUUGAAAUUCCCCUUAAUAUCUUGCUUAAAAAAAGGAAAAUAUAGCCUUUUAGUUCUCCUAGAGUCUUUUAUAAGUCUCUUUUUGGUGAAAAUGUAUGUAUUGCGGCGAAUAACUUCCUAACCAGAAGUGACCGAAAGGCAGCCAUCCCUGGUGUGAACCAAGCACGUGUGAUUUCCCCCCAACAGAUGACCUUCACCUUGACCUACAACUGUGAUACCAACCACCAUUGCCACAGUUUUCCCCUCCCCGUUGAACAAUAGAGAUCUCUUAACCCUGCAUGCGUCCUCACCAUUACCAGUGAAGUUAGUGAGCUUGAUAUAAAGACGAUUAGACGCUUAUUAUAUUCUGAAUUCCAAAGGUUGAAUUCGUUGGUUUCACAUCACUUUUCAACUCGCUGUGCGCAUGCGCAGAGCGUGUGAACAAUAUCCACUGGCCAACUUCCGGUUUGGUCGUAUGUUUACCGAUGGUGUAAAUACACUCCAAAUAAGCUGU